AUGUCAGCGAAUCAUCAUCUAAUGGAACUUGGAAGGCCCACGUCAGGUAGAAGAAGAUUGAAAGAUUUAUUGAUUCAGAAAGAUAAUCGGAUUUGUGCUGAUUGUAAUGCUCCAGAUCCUAAAUGGGCGUCUGCCAACAUUGGGGUGUUUAUAUGCUUAAAAUGUUGUGGGGUGCACAGAAGCCUUGGUACUCAUAUAUCAAAGGUUUUGUCUGUGACAUUGGAUGAAUGGUCAGAUGAUGAAGUAGAUGCAAUGAUAGAAGUUGGGGGAAAUGCUUCAGCUAAUUCAAUUUACGAGGCUUAUUUCCCUGAAGGAUAUACAAAACCCGGACCAGAUGCCAGUCACGAGCAGCGGUCAAAGUUUAUACGGUCAAAAUAUGAUUUGCAAGAAUUUUUGAAGCCUAGUUUGCGUAUUGUGUCUGGAAAAAGCAGCCUAUCAAGUUCUUCCAAAAGUAGUUUCAUGGAUAGUUUUAAAAGCGCUUGCUCACAGAGAAUGGAAGGUAUGGUAGAAUUUAUUGGAAUGUUAAAGGUGAAAGUGAUUAAAGGCACAAAUUUAGCCAUCCGGGAUAUAAAGUCAAGUGACCCAUAUGUUGUUUUGAGCCUCGGCACACAGACUAUACAGACAAGUGUAGUGAAGAGUAAUUUGAAUCCAGUCUGGAAUGAGGAACAUAUGCUGUCUGUUCCAGAGGAUUAUGGACAGCUGAAAUUGAAAGUAUAUGAUCAUGACACAUUUUCUGCCGAUGAUAUAAUGGGGGAAGCAGACAUUGAUCUUCAGUCACUGAUAACAUCUGCCAUGGCAUUUGGAGAUGCUGGAAUGUUUGGAGAUAUGCAGAUUGGAAAAUGGUUGAAAUCUGACGACAAUGCACUUAUUGAGGAUAGUGCAGUCAUGAUUUCUGAUGGCACAGUUAAACAAAUGAUGACACUCAAACUCCAGAAUGUUGAAUCCGGAGAAAUAGAUUUAGAACUCGAAUGGAUUUCUCUUGAUCAAUAA